AUGGCGAGCUGCUCCUUCGCUCGCGACCCAGCGACAAGGAGACCGAGAACUGCAGCAGCGGCCACAGCGGCGGCCCGAGCUGCGGCGGCGACCACCCCACUUCUUUCCUCGGGAACCCCGACCGCACUCAUUGGGACCGGGUCGUCUUGUCCGGGAGCCAUGUGGCUCUCCACAGCCACGGGCUCCCGGUCAGACUCCGAGUCCGAUGAGGAGGACCUCCCCGUCGGGGACGAAGUCUGCAAACGCGGCUACCUGAGGAAGCAGAAGCACGGGCACCGGCGCUACUUCGUGCUCAAACUCGAGACCGCCGACGCCCCGGCUCGCCUGGAAUACUACGAAAAUGCCAGGAAGUUCCGGCACAGUGUCCGCGCCGCGGCGGCUGCAGCGGCGGCGGCCGCCUCCGGCGCCACGGUCCCCGCGCUCAUCCCGCCGCGGCGCGUGAUCACCCUGUACCAGUGCUUCUCCGUGAGCCAGCGAGCCGACGCCAGGUACCGACACCUCAUCGCCCUGUUCACCCAGGACGAGUACUUCGCGAUGGUGGCCGAGAACGAGUCGGAGCAAGAGAGCUGGUACUUGCUGCUCAGCCGCCUCAUCCUCGAGAGCAAGCGCCGCCGCUGCGGCACGCCCAGCGCGCAGCCGGAGGGAGAGCCGGCCGCGCGGGCGGUGGCAGCGGCGGCGGAGCCACCCUUCUACAAAGAUGUGUGGCAGGUAAUAGUCAAACCCAGGGGGCUGGGGCACCGAAAAGAGCUGAGCGGCGUGUUCCGGCUGUGUCUUACCGACGAGGAGGUCGUAUUUGUGAGGCUCAACACCGAGGUGGCCAGCGUGGUCGUCCAGCUGCUGAGCAUCCGUCGCUGCGGGCACUCGGAGCAGUAUUUCUUCUUGGAAGUCGGCAGGUCCACCGUCAUCGGCCCGGGGGAGCUCUGGAUGCAGGUCGAUGACUGUGUGGUAGCCCAAAACAUGCACGAGCUGUUUUUGGAGAAGAUGAGAGCCCUGUGUGCAGACGAAUACCGAGCCCGCUGCCGCAGCUACAGCAUCAGCAUCGGCGCCCACCUGUUAACCCUGCUGUCCACUAGGAGGCACCUGGAGAUGCUGCCGCUGGAGCCCGGCGGCUGGCUCCGGAGGUCCCGCUUUGAGCAGUUUUGCCACCUCAGGGCCAUCGGGGACGGGGAAGACGACAUGCUGCUCACCCGGCGCUACAUCACCCCCAGCGAGCCUGUGCCCCACUCCCGGCGAGGACGAUUGCACCUGCCCCGAGCGCGCAGGUCCCGGAGAGCGGUCUCCGUGCCAGCCAGCUUUUGUCGCCGCUUAGCACCCAGCCCGGUGCGCGCCCCGCACCCGGCAGAAGCUCCUGUCCGCAGAGCUUGCCCGUCCGCAGAAGCAGCUGGGGCCGGCUCUGGCAACUCUGGGGAAGAAAACAAUCCCCAAGGCAAGGAGAGCGAGGAAGGAAACGAAGGCGACUACAUGCCCAUGAACAGUUGGGGCUCCGGAAAUGGCCGGGGCUCCGGAGGUGGCCAGGGCGCCAGUGGCCAAGGCUCCAGUAGCCAGAGCUCGGGAGGAAACCAGUGUUCAGGCGGGGGACAGAGCUCCGGAGGUGGCCAGGGCUCCAGCGGCAGCCAGGGCUCCGGGGGCCAGGGCUCCGGGGGCCAGAGCGCAGGAGGAAACCAGUGCUCAGGACAUGGUCAGGGCACCGCAGGUGGUCAUGGCUCCGGUGGUGGCCAGGGAGCUGGAGGUGGCCCCGGUUCAGGCAGCGGCCAGGGACCUGGAGAUGGCCAUGGCUCAGGUGGCGGCAAGAACUCUGGAGGGGGCAAAGGCUCAGGAAGUGGGAAAGGCUCCGAUGGCGAUGGUGGACGUGGAAAAUCUCUGAAGAAACGAUCCUACUUUGGCAAAUUAACCCAAAGCAAGCAACACCAGAUGCCACCACCUCCACCACCCCCACCACCACCCCCGCCAGCUGGAGCAAUUGGUGGAAAAGGGAAGUCUGGGGGCAGGUUCCGACUUUACUUUUGUGCAGACAGAGGGGCCACAAAAGAACGUAAAGAAGCCAAAGAAGUCAAAGAUGAAGAGAGCCCAGAAGGUGCAGCUCGGGGUCCCCACAGAUCCAGGGCUUUUGACGAAGAUGAGGAUGAUCCCUACGUACCAAUGAGGCCAGGGGUGGCCGCGCCUCUUGCAAGCUCCAGUGAUUAUAUGCCAAUGGCUCCUCAAAACUUCUCUGCUUCAAAACGCCACUCUCGAUCACCUUUUGAAGAUUCCCGGGGGUACAUGAUGAUGUUUCCCAGAGUGAGCCCACCACCUGCCCCCAGUCCUCCCAAAGCACCUGAGCCUGAUAAAGAGGAUGACUCAAAGGACAAUGACAGUGACAGUGACUAUAUGUUUAUGGCUCCUGGAGCUGGUGCAAUUCCAAAAAACCCCAGAAACCCUCAGGGCGGCUCUUCCUCCAAAAGUUGGAGUUCCUAUUUCUCUCUGCCAAAUCCUUUCCGGAGCUCCCCCUUAGGACAAAGUGCCCACAGUGAGUAUGUACCAAUGUUAACUGGAAAAUUCCUGGGAAAGGGUCUAGACAAAGAAGCCUCAUCCAUCGGGGGCCCCAAAGAUGCAGCGACAAAGCCUUCGGUUCAGGGGUCAUUCUCAAAACCUGGACUUGGGGGGUCAUUCUCAAAGCCUUUAGAUGAUGGCCCCCCCAAGAACAAGGCGAAGAGACCUAACAGACUUUCUUUUAUCACAAAAGGAAAUAAAAUCAAGCCCAAACCACAAAAGCCCACACACGAGCAGAGAGAAGCUGACAGUUCGAGUGACUACGUCAACAUUGACUUCACUAAAAGAGAGAGCAAUACGCCAGCCCCCUCUGCUCAAGGACUGCCAGAUUCGUGGGGCAUCAUUGUUGACCCCAGACAGUCAGCCUUUUCUCGCUACGUGAACGUGGAGUUCGGAGUGCCACUUCCAAAUCCAGCACACAGCCUAUCAGAUCUUUUAAGAGCUAUUCCAGGUGCCAACCCCUUCGCUCUGGACGGUGCUAGGUGGCCGUUUCCUCCGCGUUCCAGGGCUGCAGGUGACAGUGCUAACGAGGAAGAGGGGGACUACAUCGAAGUGAUUUUCAACCCAGCGAUGACACCACCUGUGCCUUUUGCUGACAGUGCCAUUCGCUACGAUGCUGAAACGGGUCGCAUCUACGUGGUCGACCCAUUUUCCGAGUGCUGUAUGGACAUUGCUCUCUCCCCCAGCCGCUGCUCUGAGCCACCACCUGUGGCUCGGCUGCUGCAGGAAGAAGAGCAAGAGAGAAGACGCCCACAAAGCCGGUCGCAAAGUUCCUUCGCGUCGGCCAGAGCCGCGGUCUCCGCUUUCCCAACCGACAGCCUGGAGGGAGACGUCUCCGCGCCAGCCUUAGCUGUGGGCCGGGCGUUAGCAGCCGCCUCCGCCCUCGCCGGCCCCGGCAUGGGUGCCGCCGCCGCCGCCGCCGCGGGCUUGGAGGCCGCCGCCGGGUAUGACCCCGCCUCCGUCCGCUGGUUCCAACCUGUUGCUCCUGCUGCCGAAGCCCAAGCAGUCAGGGGGGCCCACGAAGUGGCCGGGGGUCUGAACCCCACAGCCCCAAGCCCCGCUGGAGACCCUGCCGGAGCUGAGGACGGGGCCCGCGGGGCUGCCGCUGCCGCUGCUGCUCCCCCCGCACCACCGCCCCGCCGCCGGGUGCCGAGACCCCUCGAGCGAGAAGAUUCUGACGAUGACGACGACACCUACGUGAGAAUGGACUUUGCGAGAUCUGACGACAAGAAGUUCGACGCUCCUGAGAGAGAGUGAUUAUAUUGCCACAAAAAAAGCACAUUUUAGAAGAAAAGUGAUGCUUAAGGAAUUUCAUCUUUGUCUACUCCAGAUCUGCCUAAGAGAAAGAAGAUUCAGAGGCUUCUGAAUAGAAAGCAACCUGAAUUUUUGAAAGUGUUCAAGUGGAUGCUGGCAGUUAAAUGAUCCUGUUUCACAGAUCAUUCUACUGCUGCCUUAUGGAUUCAGUGAUUUUGGAUUAAGAAAUUCACGCUGUUCGUUGUUUUUGUUUUCUGGUGUCUCUAAUCUGUCUCUUUGAAGGAGAAGAUAUACUCAAAGUGAACAUUUUAUGACUGUUUCCUUCCCCUCUUUAAAAAAUGUUAUUUACAUGUGUGUAAAUGUGGCUAGUACUAAUUUUACUGGUGUAUAAUACUUACAUUAAUUUUGAAGGUGAAACUCCUUUGAACAAGAAAAGAUAAAGGAAAAGUUUAUGUUCAUGAGAAGGUAGGUAUGAUCUGGAAUCUGUUUUUCUGAGGAGUACAUACACAAAACAUUUCUUGAUCAAGGAAUUACUUGUCAGCUGAACUGAUAUCUUGAUGGGACAUCUACAUUUUAAAGGCAGGACCAAAGGGCAGAUUACCUCAGUUUUUGCUCAUUAACAAAACUGCAACAUUCUGUCCACAUUAAAUGUCAACUAAACGGAUACCUUAAUUGAGCAUUUCCAACAUUUUAAAGCAGAACAGAAACAGAUUUGUUCAUCUACAAUGCCACGAUGUUCUGCUUGCAAAUCAAUUGAGCAUUUCCAAAGCCAUCAUUAUUAUUUUGAAACCUACACAUUCCCUGUAAAAGAAGCAAAGUUCUUCUAAAGUUUCUCCCCAGAGCCCCUCUCUGCCACUCUGGGCCUCUCCUUUUCACCCUCCGCUCUCCCUUGCUUCCUGGCUCUCGCCAUGACUCGCACUCUUCCUCCUCGGCCCAGGCCUCCUAUGAAGAGAUCAGUUUCCCAUGCUCCAGACAUUAAUGUGUGCAUAUCAGUCAGUAUUCUGACUAAAACCUAAGCCAAAAGGAACCUCUUAUAAGGCCUUGUUUCCUUUUGAACAAUGAGCUGAUAUAAGAUGUACCAAAUUUUAAAAAAAUCAGAGCAAGCUCACCCGCCCCCCUCCUGUUUUUGCUUGCCUCUGAUGGAAACUGAAUUAAGAUUUUAGGAACCUGGACCUUUGAGAACAUGACACUAACAGGUGGUGAUCACAGAGGAUAGGUACAAAGGUCUUGAAGCUUGCUUAGAGCUUUGUUACGUGGUGGCACACAAAUCAUGACUUGCUGUACCAUCACUGGCAAACCUCAUCAUAUCAGAUGGGUGUGAGUGUCUAAGUGUGCGAGUGCUAGUAUGUGUGUAUGCACACCUUUGUGUACCUGUGUACAUGUGAUUGUAGAUGUACCUGUUGUGUGUAACUGUUAAAAAAAUUGCUUCGCAUUUAAUGUGCAACUUUGAAGUAGUGAAUAUUUACCUAAAGCUUCUUGCCACUCGGUUUUAAUGUCUUUGAACGUGUACUUCUAUCUUUGAGCAGGCUUAGAGUACAUGUUGCUAAACUAACUUUUCUGAAAAACCGAGUUGACUUCUUCUAUUAUUUUUCCUUGCCUACCAACCAAAGGGAUGGGGGGGCUCUUUUUCUUCCCCUUGUGAAUGAUUGGUGCUGAGGAGAGGAUGUGGCGACAGUACCAGUCACUACUCUAGUUACUGGUCACUGUUAGGGCAUCCACUUCAUCAGUCCUUCAGACUCUUCUCUUUUUCCAACCUAAUCAACUAAUGCGGUGUGGCUUUUGAUCGUUACAACAGUGCACUCUUUAGGCAGCCUUUUUUCAAGCCUUCGGUCACCAUUUUAAUUUCACGAAGUCGUCAUAAUCGUUCAGAAUUGUGGAAAGAAAAGAUUAUUUGGGGGAAACUGCUAUAUCACUUUAUUUGCAUAUUAGGUUCGGGGCUGCCAGCAGACAGGGUAUAGCACAGAUGUAACAUGUGCUGAAUAAAUGGGGAACGUCAUACACAACAGUACAUAUAAAUAGUAACAGGUACAAAUAGUCACAGGUACAGCAUAACAAAUAUGCAAUCUUUUGACACUACUUCUUAGUUUACAGACACAACUAAUUCAGUAUUGUGCUGGAAGAAUCUUUUUAGAAUAUGUGUACCAACAUAUCACUUACCUUCCAGCUACCAGUUUAUGCUGCUGUUAAGAAAAACCAAUGAUGGAACGAUGUUUUUGUGACCUCUACAUUUAAUUUGGUAUCAAACAUAGUCACUUGGUCAGUAAUAUUGAAAACUUUACAGUUCCAACAGUUCAUUACAUUUGUUAUUUCUGCUUCAGAGAUCUGCUUUGAGUUGCUCUGGCUUUGUCUUCCUUUGUAAAUACUCUUAUACUCUCUUUUCUUUGUAAACAUCUCCUUUGCGGUUUUGGGGAGACAACCUUGCAACUCUGUAUAGUGUUUAUAUAUAUAUCUGACUUGCCUUUCCAUAGAGCUACUCGCAAUAAAU